UUAACCAUCUUUUUCACAAAAAUGAAAAAAGAGGACUCAUUACUAUACACGAUUCAGCAAAUCCAUGAUAUUUAGCAUCCCAAAACUUCCCAAAACUCAGUUUCCUUUUCCAAUUUCUGCGAAUUUUGGGGGUAAAUUUUGGGUACCAACAUUCUUGAAACGAGUAUGUCGAUGUGGAAGAGAUUUCAGCUAUAAAGAUUUGAUUUUUUUGGUGUUUCUUUUCAUGGGAGUGUAAAUGGGUUCACUUGAAACUGGAUUGGUAUUGAAGAGGGAUCAUAAUUUGCAGCGUUCCUCUUCUUCGAGGAGCUCUAGCAGCAGUAAUAGUUUUGGAUUUUCGGGGCAAAGGAGCAGAUCAAGAUUUGCAAGAGCUGUCCUUUUCAAGAAAAUGGAUUAUCUGCAGUUGAUUUGCUCGGUUGCUGUUUUCUUCUUCUUCGUUUUCUUCUUCCAGAUUUUCUUCUUGCCGGGCUCGGUGAUUGAAGAUGGGAAUAAUGGCCGUGAUUUGUUCGGGAGGAAUGUUGGAGCUGAUUCUGAGGGUUUUUCGUUUUUGAAAGGGUUGGAUUUUGAUGAAGAUUUGAAUUUUGAGCCUUUGAAAAUCAUUGAGAAGUUUCGGAAGGAAGGUGGUGUUGGGAAUGAGAGUGGAGUUGUGAGAUUUGGAUACAGAAAACCGAGGAUUGCUUUGGUUUUUACUGAUCUAUGGGUUGAUCAGCAUCAAAUACUAAUGGCUACUGUUGCUACGGCUUUGAUGGAGAUUGGAUAUGAAAUUGAGGUAUUCACAAUGGAAAAUGGUCCAGCACGUGCUAUCUGGAGAAAUAUAAGUGUUACUGUCAGCACCGCUGACAAUGAUAUGACGUUUGCUGUAGAUUGGCUGGACUAUGAUGCUGUUCUCGUGAAUUCUCUUAAUGCUGCAGGGUUCUUAUCUUGUCUUAUGCAGGAUCCUUUCAAACAUGUUCCUGUUGUAUGGACCAUCCACGAACAAGCACUAGCAGACCAAUUAAGACAAUAUGUUUCUAGUGGCCAAAGUGAGCUGAUCGAUAUGUGGAGAAAAUACUUCAGCCGGGCCACUGUUGUUGUCUUCCCAAACUAUAUUCUGCCGAUAGUGUAUUCGAUGUGUGAUCCUGGAAAUUACUUUGUCAUUUCGGGCUCUCCUGAAGAAGCUUGGAAAGCUGAUAGGCAAAAGGCUUUAGUAAAAGAGAAUAUACCACCGAAUGUGGAAUAUGGACCAGAUGAUUUCGUUAUUGCAGUUGUGGGCAGUCAACUAUCAUAUAGAGGAUUAUGGCUAGAGCAUGCCUUUGUUUUAAAGGCUUUAUACCCGCUAUAUAAGGACUUUGGUGAUUCAAGCUCCCGUCUUAAAAUCAUAAUCUCAACUGGCGACUCCACUAGCAACUACAGUAGUAUCGUGGAGACCAUUGCCCUAAAAUUUGGAUUUCCAAAGGAUACGGUGAAGCAUGUUGCUGUGGACCAAAACAUAGACACUGUGAUAGACACAGCUGAUCUCGUAGUGUACGGAUCCUUCCUUGAAGAGCAUUCUUUUCCCGGUGUUUUGCUGAAAUCUAUGUGUUUCGAGAAACCUAUAGUAGCUCCAGAUCUACCUGCUACAAGGAAAUAUGUAAGUGACAAGGUAAAUGGCUACCUUUUCCAAAGGAACAAUAUGAGGGCUAUACUAUCUGUUUGCAAGUGGUUUCAAAUGGGAGAUGCAGAGUUGAAGGAUAGGACAGAUCAGCCUCGAGCAAAUGGGAUGAAAUAUAUCGAAGUGUCAGGAGGAUUGAUCGUACGUUGCACGAAAGAGAUGAAGGAGAAACUUGAAAGAACUGGCCAACCACUAUGA